AUGGCCAAGCUGCUGAAGGAGUACCAGGAGCUCAUGAAUGUCAAGCUGGCCCUUGAUGUGGAGAUCGCCACCUACAGGAAGCUGCUGGAAGGAGAGGAGUGCAGGCUGAAUGGUGAAGGCGUUGGACCAGUCAACAUCUCUGUGGUGCAGUCCACCGUGUCCAGCGGCUAUGGCAGUGCAAGUGGUGCCAGCGGCAGCUUGGGCCUGGGAGGAGGCAGCAGCUACUCCUACAGCAGCAGCCAUGGCCUUGGAGGUGGCUUCAGUUCUGGCAGUGGCAGAGGCAUCAGUGGUGGCCUCAGCUCCUCUGGUGGCAGCUCUUCCACCAUCAAGUACACCACCACCUCCUCCAGCAGGAAGAGCUACAGGCACUGAGUCCC